AUCAGAAGCCACAACAAUCACUUUGAUUAACUAAAACUAAGCGAUCCGAUUAGAAUACACCGGCACAAUGGAAGAUAAGGUUAUCGGAUCUGAGAGUUGGGUAACCGAUUCAUUCGGCGGAAAACUACGGAACGAUGACAACGUCGUUGGUGCGCAUCGGAGUGCUAAUCUUGCUGCUGGGGAUUCCUCCGUCAAUAAGUGCUGGAAAUGUUCUGGCCGUUUACCCACACUUCGGUUUUAGCCACUUCAAGGUGGUGAUGCCCAUACUCAAUGAGCUGGCAAAUCGUGGACAUGACAUCACGGUGAUCUCGUACGUGAAGAAUCCCCAAGCCUCUGCCUUUCCCAACUACGAGGAGCUGCUAAUCUCAGCGCCUGAUGAGGAUCAGUCGAGCACCACGAUCAAUUUGGUUCCCCUGACGGAGAAUACACCCACAAGAUCCUUGGGAGUACUGAUCCGGGAGUAUAUAGCCCUGCAUGAUGAGGGUCAGGAGACCUGUGAGCAUCUCUUCGCCAGUGGUCACAUAGAAAGGGUAAUUGAACGACACCAAAGGAAACCCUAUGACCUUCUGCUCACGGAAUACUUCAACUCAGAUUGCCAACUGGUCUUGGCCAAGUUGUUGAAUCUGCCAAUUAUAGGCUUGAGCACCUGUGCCCUCAUGCCCUACUAUUACGAUCGCAUUGAUCUGCCGGACACGCCCGCCUUCAUACAGUCGGAAUUUGUGGGAUUUGCUGGCCAACUGAACUGGCACGAACGCUUACUCAACUUUGUUCAGGCCAAGUUAUUGAAGUUCCUCUACAAAUAUCACUCCAAUAGGGCUGAUAACAAGCUGAUCCAAAAGUAUAUCGGAGUUGAGAUUGACGUGGAAGAAGUAGCUCGCACCCAAACUGCUUUCAUUUUCGGAAACCAACAUUAUUCUCUGAUGGGAAGUCGCCCGCAAUCUUUGCAGUUCGUGGAAAUCGGAGGGGUUCAUAUCACUAAGAAGGCAGAGAAGGAAUUACCAGACAGCAUCUCUGCUUUCCUCAAUCAAUCGCAGGAAGGUGUGAUCUUCAUUAGCUGGGGUUCCAUGGUGCGAGCUUCGAGUAUCGAUGAGGAUAAGCUUGCAGCUAUAUUGGAAGUUCUACAUCAACAGCCCUUGAGAAUCAUCUGGAAAUGGGAAGCAGAGGAAACUCCAAAGGCGGAUUCCAACAAGUUUCUUUUCGUCAAAUGGGCUCCUCAAUUGGCUCUUCUUUGUCACCCAAAAGUAAAGCUGUUUUGGUCCCAUGGCGGCUUACUGGGAACCACGGAGUCUGUUCACUGUGGCAAGCCCCUGCUAAUCACGCCCAUCUAUGGAGACCAAUUCCUAAAUGCAUUUUCCGUGCAAAAUCGAGGGAUGGGCUUAAAGUUGGAUUACGAAGAGAUCACUACUCCGAACUUAAAUAGAGCUUUCACCGAGCUUAGCAAAACGAGUUACGCCCAACGUUCCCUUCUGGUCUCGAAGAUCUUUAACGAACGUCAGAAAACGCCUAUGGAAUCGGCGGUUUGGUCUGUGGAGCAUGUCAUUGAAAACGGCCUAGUUGCCGCCGAACUCCUUCAAUCCCCAGGCAUAGAACUAAGUGCAGUCGUCUACCACUCCGUGGAUAGCAUUGUCUUGCUCUCGAUUCCCUUAAUUCUUCUGAUCAUAAUCUUAAGUUUCUUGUGCAGGAGAAACCCUUCUAAGCCAGCCAAUAAGAAACUUGUCAAGAAGCCAAAGAGGUCUUAAGGCCUCACGAGUCUACUAGAUUUACGUAUGACAAUUUCUUUAAGAAUAAAUAUAUUUUAAGCAUA